CCGCUCUCCUCUCUCGCUCAUACUCACCCAAACAACGGUCACGCCUGGUAUGAGCACCAGUGCCUUUGAGCCCUUUGACCCGAGAACAGGCUCUGGCUUUAUUGGCGCACCUGGCUUUGCCUUUGGCUCGGGCGAGGUGUUGCAGCCUCACGUGGCCUUUGAGGACCUGGCCUCAACGUACGCCACCGACCUGGCAGCUCUGGCUGCCUACGCCGACGCCCACGCCCACGAGUACGACCCGGCAGUUGCAACCAUGCCGCAGCCUGCUGCUGAAACUGCUCCCGCCCCUCCCGAAAACAACGUCCGCUUUAACGCCAGCACAGGCUCGACGUCGAGCCGCGAGCCUCCGCUCGUCCGCGUCGACCUCUCUGGCUCGGUGCCCGAGCUCGACUCGGAGGCCCACCCGAGGAAUCUUGCCCAUCGCAAGCUUGCCCACAACGAGCGUGCUGCAAACGGCCGUCAGCGCUCGGUUUCGGUUGCGGUCUCGCGCUCCGGUGCGAGCCUGGCCUCGACAAACUCGGAGAGUCAACUCCCCCGCUCCCGCCGCGAGAGCGAGGAGAGUGCAAGCUCCGCCGGCCCGCCGCGCUCGCCGCUAGGCAGCAUCGGCACGGGCUCGGGUGCCCCGCCCGGCCUGCUGUCGAUCGACGACAUGCCGCGCCCGUCGGGCCGCUCGCCGCGGGUCUCCGCCACCGACUCGGCCGCGCACGCUGCCCUGGUCAGCAAGCUACAGUCGCUGCUACAGGAGGCGCAGGCGGUGGCUGCGUCGAUCCCGGCCCCGGCUCCGCCUGCCAAGGCGAGCCACUCCAAGUCGGUCAGCUACGCGCCGGGCACCCCGACGCCCGAGCAGCUCCUUGACGAGCACCACGGGCCGGCCACCGUCCCAGUCUCGCCCAACAAGCUGCGCAACAUGUCGAUGACGCUGCAUGUGCUCAAGAAAAAGCUCGCCCGCUCGAACGAAGCCUACGCCGAGCUGCAGCGCAAGUACGAGUUUGUCUCCAACGUCAAGCGCCGCGGCCCGGAUCCGCGCUUCGAGUCACUCGAGGCCUACGCCAAGCAGGUCACCGAGGACCUCGACGCCUCCGAGACCGCCCGCGCCGCCGCAGAGGCCAAGGCCGCUGCCCUCGAGGAAGAGCUCUCCGCCACACAGGCCAACAACGCCCGCCUCGCCAACGAGCUCUCUACCGCGCGUGUCGAGCUUGACCUCGCCCGCGUCAAGCAGGAGGCCAUGUUUGAGCAGCUCGCCGAGCUCUCCGUCCAGUCGCGCCUCUCUGCCAAGCAAGAGGCCCGCAAGGCCCGCAUCGCUCACGCCACUGCCGCACACAUCUCGCCGGCAGGCUCCGAUGCCACUCUCCUCUCGUCGUGCAACUCGGACGCAGGCACUGCCGGCAACGCUGCCGAGGACCACACCCCGGUCUCCUCGCCGCGCCCGGCGUCGAGCCUCGACCUUGCCGCCGACGCAGACGCCGACAAUGCUGACCACGCCGGUCAUGCCUCUGGCCCGGCUUCGGCCGAAGGCUCAGGCCACGCCUCGCCAUCCGCUUCGGCAUCCGCAUCUGCCCCGGAUUCCGCAUCUGCCUCGGCCUCGUCGUCGGCCCAUCGCCACUCCCGCUCGCGCUCAUCUCGCCACCAUCACCACCGCUCGUCGCGCUCCGACAUGUCCAAGUCGCGCUCCUCGCGCGCAACACCGUCACGCAGAUCAGCAUCCAAGACAAAGGCCAAGUCCAAGUCCAAGGCCAGGUCCAAGUCUCAAGCCAAGGCCAAGUCCAAGUCCAAGUCCAAGGCCAAGGCCAAGUCCAAGUCCAAGUCCAAGUUCAGCCUCAAGUCCAAGUCCAAGUCCAAGUCCAAGUCUAGGCCCGAGCUGGACCCGCAUGGCACCCGACGCGCUGCGCCCGCAGAUGCCCUCUCCGACUCGGACUGGUCGUCCCACGAGGGCCUCCGUUCCUACUACGCUGACCGCAUCCUCAAGCUGGAGGCCACCGUCCGGAACAAGACCGAGAACCUGCGCCGGCUCGAGGCCCAGCGCAACGACCUCAACUCAAAGGUCCGUGAGCUGCGCGAGGAGCUGAAGGUGCUUUCGACGUCUGGUUCGUACGUGGGCGAGGUGGUCAAGGCCAUGGGCAAGGACCGGGUGCUGGUCAAGGUCAACCCGGAGGGCAAGUACGUGGUCAAGCUCGACAAGGGAGUGGACAUCAAGGACAUUAAGCCGAACACGCGAGUUGCGCUCCGGUCCGAGUCGUACAAGCUCCACAAGAUCCUGCCCAACAAGGUCGACCCGAUUGUGUCGCUGAUGCGUGUCGAGAAGGUGCCCGACGCAACGUACGACAUGAUCGGCGGGCUCGACGAGCAGAUCAAGCAGAUCCGCGAAGUCAUCGAGCUCCCCAUCAAGCACCCGGAACUGUUUGAUGCGCUUGGCAUCGCGCAGCCCAAGGGCGUGCUGUUGUUCGGCCCGCCGGGGACCGGCAAGACCCUCCUCGCCCGCGCCGUCGCCCACCACACCGAGUGCACCUUUAUCCGGGUCUCGGGCUCGGAGCUGGUGCAAAAGUACAUCGGUGAGGGCUCGCGCAUGGUCCGUGAGCUGUUCAUCAUGGCGCGCGAGCACGCGCCGUCCAUCAUCUUUAUGGAUGAGAUCGACUCGAUCGGCUCGUCGCGCAUCGAAGGCUCGCGCGGCGACUCGGAGGUCCAGCGGACCAUGCUCGAGCUACUCAACCAGCUUGACGGCUUUGAGGCCUCGCAGAACAUCAAGGUUCUGAUGGCCACAAACCGCAUCGACAUCCUCGACCCGGCCCUCCUCCGCCCGGGCCGCAUCGACCGCAAGAUCGAGUUCCCCAACCCGUCCGAGACCGCACGCCUCGACAUCCUCAAGAUCCACUCGCGCAAGAUGAAUCUCACCCGCGGCAUCGACCUCAAGAAGAUCGCUUCGCUUCUCGGCGGCGCUUCGGGCGCAGAGACAAAGGCCGUCGUCACAGAGGCCGGCAUGUUUGCCCUCCGCGAGCGCCGCAUCCACAUCUCCCAGGAGGACUUUACCAUGGCCGUCGCAAAGGUCAUGCACCGCAACGAGAACGAGAACAUGAGCAUCCGCCAGAUCUGGCGUUAA